AUGGUGGAACACGGCGGUUUGGACAUCAUGUGUCUGAACAAGAACUGCCACAGCUCCUCGUCGUCGACGAGCUCCGACCAAGACAAGAAGAUCUUCACCAAACUAAAACUCAACUUGUCAGCUGAUUAUCCGAGGAAGAACGCGGAGUUUCUGAGCGGGCAGUACGGGACCAACCUGCUGCUGAUCGGCGUGGCGCUGAUGCUGGCCAUCGCGCACCACGACCAGUCCGUCGAGGAACGGCACCUGCUGUCCUUCGCCACCUGCCUCAUGAUCCUUCAGCUGAUCUGGAUGAUGUGGUACAUCCUGGCGCGGCAUAGGCAGAAAAACACACGCACCGAGAGAGAUGUAAAUGCCACCACAUGCUGGAUUAGAGGUGGUUUGACUCUCCUUGCUGUCCUCUCACUGAUUAUGGACACCCUCCGAAUCGGGUAUUAUGUUGGCUAUAGGUCUUGUGUGUCGGCUGUGCUCGCGGUAUAUCCUGUCAUCCAUGCAACCCACACCAUUGCACAGGUGCAUUUUCUCUGGUUUCACAUUAAAGAUGUCAUCAAGAGCUUUGAAACAUUUGAGAGAUUUGGUGUAAUCCAUGCAGUCUUUACCAACCUCCUCUUGUGGUGCAAUGGCGUGAUGUCAGAGGCUGAGCACUUCAUGAACAAGCACAUCAGAAGACUUUCUGCCCUGGGAUAUGAAAACCUCACUAUAGAGUACUCAAAGCCACAAUGUAACUGCACCACGAGUACGUGCUCGCUGUUCUCUAAGAGCCUCAUGUACCUCUUCCCCUUCAACAUCGAGUACCAUAUCUUUGUCUCUGCAUUGCUUUUCGUCAUGUGGAAGAACAUUGGACGGACCAUUGACCUCUCUGCAAACAGAAAAAGUCUGGUUACCAAAAGCCAGGGCUUGACUGUGGGUCCUUUUCUGGGGCUACUUGCACUUGCCAGCACUAUUGGAAUACUGGUGGUCUAUAUUACCCGUAUAGAGGGGCCCCUUGAAAUCCGCCAGUCAGCUAUUUCCAUGUUCUACAUUUAUGGCAUUACCAUGCUGGUGGUAAUGUGUUUUUCCGGUGCCUCAGGUCUGCUCAUAUACCGAGCAAACCACAUGCCACUGGACACAUCCAAGAACCCCUCGAGACAGCUGGACACGGAGCUGCUGUUUGGAUCCUCCAUAGGUUCUUGGUUCAUGUCAUGGUGCAGUAUAGUGGCUGUGCUGAGCAGUAGCAGCAACCCCCCCUUCCGCUGGACCAGCCUAAUCUACUCUAUACUUAUCGUUUUGGAGAAAUAUGUCCAGAACCUCUUCAUCAUCGAGUCCCUUUAUCGCCAGCAAGAGAGCGUUGGGACGGCGGAUCCGGAGUUGCCGGCCGCUCCGGAGGUCUUUUCAGUGACUUCCUCUCUGGCUCCACCCUUCAAUGGCAUCAUCAACAGAGCUUACGAGGCUGCCGACAGGUCCUGCAUCUCCAUGGAGAAGGAGCAGGAGGAGAGCGGACAAGUGUACAAAUGUCAGCGAAAGCAUUCGGAAGUGCCCCUACAUGUGGAAAGUCAGCCCGUGGAGCCCCUAAAUAUGAAGAGGCUGGUCCUAAAGAACAUUGCUAUUUUGAUGAUCAUGUGCAACAUUUCGUUGUGGAUCCUUCCUGCCUUUGGCUGCAGGCCACAAUACGACAAUGGCCUGGAGCAGGAGACAUUUGGUUUCACUACAUGGACCACUGUUCUCAACUUUGCCAUUCCUCUGAACCUUUUCUAUCGUAUGCACUCAGUAGCCUCCCUCUUUGAGGUGUUCCGACGAGUCUGACAGAAAAGCAAUUGAGUGACAUUGCCAAAGAGCGCGCACACGGACACCUGUCAACACAAGCUCACAAGUGUCUCCCAAGGCAGCCAGGGUCACUUUGUGACAGACUUCAGAGCAAGCCAUCGAGAAAAUGUGGUCCCCAGUUCUGAGUGGGGAGUGGAUGACAAACAUAUUAGCCUGAGUUCCUUGAAGAAUCCCCCUGUGUAACAGGAGGCUUACUAGAGGCGGCGCUGAAAUCAUUAUCAUUAUUAUAGCGGGGCCAUUUGUACUUUUGUUCUGUUCUCACAUUUCAGGAUGUUUUAUACUAGUUUAAUCAUAAGCAAUAGGGAACUUUAUGCUUGAUCUGAGGUGCACAUUUUGUACUAUUUCAUUUAAGUGAGCAGGAUAGACUACUGACUUGAUUACAUGAUCUGAAAAUCGCAGUUAGGCCACUAAAAAGGUGUUAGACUCAGUAAAGUAAUAGUACUGUAUUUUCUAAUUAUAUGAGUGUGUUGGUGUACCAUUUAUGUUUAAAUGAAAUCUACAUACAGUAAAGUUCUCAUUUACUCCUUUUAGUUCUUUAGUUAAAGUAGAUUAGCAGAGCAUCAUACAAACUCAACCUCAAGGGUAGUCACAAUCUCAUUAAUAAAUCUUUUUUUUUUCCUUUGUGGGAUUAUGGUUCCCAGAAGGUACUCCUUCCUCUCUCUGAAGUUGAAGUCAUCAUUGUCAUAGUUCUCUGUUGUAUUGAGCUGAUGGAAACUUAUUCUCAAAGUAAUUUUUAAAGGUUUCUCAUGUUAUAUCAUACAAUGUUCAAUUUCCACAUUUCACCCUGAAAAUUAAUUGGACAGUUAUUAUUAAACAUCUAAAAUAAUAUGUUGCUGUCUGAACAGUUAACUAGAGACUGAUAUCUAGCCCUAAAUAAUUAGCUAUAUAUAUAUAUUUUAAAAACAUCACAAUCUGUGACAAGACUUUGCACUGUUUUAUUAUUUUCUUUUUCAAAUCUGCAUAGAAUUCAGUCAGGUAUUCAGCAAGUUCUCAACCUGGUGCUAUUUUCCCUCUGGGUUUUCUGUAUGUGCCAAGUUGUGGGAAACAAAAAAUCCUUUUUUAUUAUCUUUUAAGUUGAUUGCAAUAUUGUAUAUACUGCUAUUCUGAUCUAAAUUACUCACAUACUGUGAUAUGAUUUUGUGAAUACUCAAUUAUGUUGUGAUUAUGAAAAAUUCUCUGUACAUUAGUAUGAGAUCAUAUCA